ACAAUCCACUUUGAACGAACUUUGAUCAAGGUUGAACGAUUAGAUAAAUAAUUCAAUGGGUUCCUCCGAAAUCAUCAGUUUAAAAUCGAGGAGCGAGGUGGGUGGCCCUUCAUUUACGGAUAAUUCAUCCAAGUCAUCACAUCGCUCUUCCAUUUCGGGCAGCGUCACAAGUGUUUCUACAAGUUGAAGUGAAAAUGAGAGGAUUGGUGUUCAUCGCUGUCAUUGCUGUCGCAAUCGCUGUCGGCGAAUCUCUAGAAUGUUAUCAUUGCGAGCAGUGUCAAGAUCCUUUCCGCAAAGCAGAUGCCAAACCCUUCAAUUGUACCUAUUCAGACGCCUGUCAAAAAGUAGAUGUCACACUCACCAAUGGAACUGUAUGGACAACGCGCACGUGUGCUUCGGUAGCGUCACUCAGAACAGUCGACUCCAGGAAAGCAGAAUCAGUGUAUCCGGCUUCGGCAGUUUUCAAUAUUUGUAAAGAGAACCUUUGUAACGGAGCCACUUCCAUCGCUUCAACAUCCUUAUUCCUAACAUUCGUCAGCGUUAUUUUUGCUGGGCUCGCUAUUAAUCGAAAGUAAUUAUGAAGUAAUUAUGAAUUGUUGAUUUUAGAUAGCACACAACUGUGGAAAUAUAUUGAGUUCAAAACAA